AUGCGACGACACUGCUGGGUGAUGAUCGCGCUGGCGGGGAUGAUGUCGUACUUCAACCCGGAGAGAGCCCUCGGAGCCCCGCAGAGGGAAGAUGGUUCGCUUCUCACAAUCAACUACGUUGAGGAGUUUGACAAUGCGGAUGGGGAGGAGUGCUCUGGGGGCUCCAGUCCGGUCCAGGAGGACAGCCUUUCCUCGUGUCCCUCCCUCCCUGAGGUCUACACCUUGCCAGUCAGAGACCGGCCCAACUGCCCUGCCCUGCAGGACGCAGCAGACUCCAAGUCUCAGUGCUUCAAAAGACACACUCUCAACUACCUUCAGGAGAUAGGAAAUGGCUGGUUUGGAAAGGUGAUCCUGGCUGAGGUGCUGUGCGACUGCAGCUCCUCUCAGGCUGUGGUGAAGGAGCUGCGUGUCAGUGCCAGCCCUCUGGAGCAGAGGAAGUUCUUGGCUGAGUCGGAGCCAUACAGGAGCCUCCAACAUCCCAACAUCCUCCAGUGUUUAGGACAAUGCAGCGAGAGCAUCCCGUUCCUCCUGGUUAUGGAGUUCUGUCAGCUGGGCGACCUAAAGAGAUACCUGCGGGCCCAGCGCAAGUCAGAUGGGAUGACCCCUGACCUGCUGACCCGGGACCUGCUGACUCUUCAGCGAAUGGCUUUUGAGAUCACCUCAGGCCUGCUGCAUCUUCACGAAAACAACUACAUCCACAGUGAUCUGGCAUUAAGAAACUGCCUGCUGACCUCAGACCUCACUGUAAGAAUAGGCGACUACGGCCUUUCGCACAACCAUUAUAAGGAUGACUACUACCUAACUCCAGACAAGUUGUGGAUCCCACUACGCUGGAUUGCUCCUGAACUGCUGGAAGAGUAUAGGGGAUCUCUCAUUGUUACUGACCAAACCAAGACCAGCAAUGUGUGGUCCUUGGGGGUGGUGAUAUGGGAGCUGUUUGAGUUUGGCUCUCAGCCCCACAGACACCUGAGUGACGAAGAGGUGCUGACCUUCGUCAUUAGGGAGAGACAAAUCACCCUGGCGCAGCCCAGGCUCAAACUCUCCCAUGCAGAUUACUGGUAUGAGAUCAUGCAGUCCUGCUGGCUACCUCCAUCUCAACGCCCUUCUGUAGCUGAGGUUUUCCUCCUCCUAUCCUCCCUCUUGGCCGCUGAACGAGGGAUGGCAAGGGGGAGCGUUGGAGAAGAGGAUGAAGAGGAUGAGGAAUAUGAGGAGGGCAGAGGAAGGAGAGGGGAGAGCGAUGAGUCGUUUGAAAGACGCUGGGACUCCCUCCGUCCUCCUGCCUUCCAGGCUGCAGCAAAUGAGCGUCAGAGGGAGAGAGAGUAUGGCAGGGAUGACAGAGACAACUCCUACCCCCUGCUGGACCCUGUAGGAAACUGUAUCACUCCAUCCUCGUCUGAACUAGACGACAUCCUGACAGUCACUGAAACCAGCAAAGGCUUGAACUUUGAGUAUUUUUGGGAGAAGGCCCAUGCAAGACGGGGCUACAAACCUCUUCCUCCUCCUCAGCCAAUCCCAACUGUGAACAACACCCACAGACAGUCCUUGGAUACUCCCACUGUUGUACCAGUAAUAAGCGCCCGCAGUCCUUCCCUUGCCAGCGAGUACUACAUCAGAUUAGAGGAACAUACUCCCCAGGAUAAGUCACCAACUCUGAAAGGGAAAGCACAAUCCUCUUUCCGUUCUGACUCGAUUUGCCCCGGAGACAUGGAGCUGGUGGAGAUUCGCAGUGGAAUGCUGGGGAAAGAGCGAGUCCCGUAUUCUUCCUCUGAGGAGUGCGGUGGUCCAGGAGGGAAGGGCAUCCAGACUGUGAGAUCGAGUGAAGUUCAGCUCCAGGUGCCGAACACGGGUGUGGCAGAAUUCAGAGACACCUCGAGCAGGGUGACUGACUUCUCAGUGGUAGAUCUGGGGGAUGAUGACGAAGAGGAGAAGAAAAAGAGCGGUGAGGCCGAUAAAAUGUCAUCAGCGAAUACCCAGGCCCCAGUCCUCCCUCCGAAGCCUCGUUCUAUGUCCAUGUCAUCGGCCAACCACCUUCACUCGCGCCCGCUCCCUGCCCCUCCACUGGGAUAUCAUAGAGGGCUGCCUCAUUACACCAUUGGUGGAAAAGUAGAGACAGACCCUCAUCACAUGAGCAGUUGCCCUACCUCCACUUUUGAUCACCUGGGGUUCCAUCGGCCCCGCCAGACUCUGCCCCCGUCCCCAUCCCUUUCCCCCUCUCUGCCCCCCUCCAGCCACCCUAUUUACCCCACACCGCAAAUGUGUCCUCCCCCUCUCCCGCCGCACAGCAAACCUCAGAGAGGCUACCCCAGUUUCAACACAGCUGACUCUUAUUCAAGAUACAACAAGACACAGACACAGAGAUCCACUAGAGACCCACUAACCUGUGACUACUCCGACAGAGAGGGCGGUGUGAAGCACACAGCGUCAUUGAACAGCUCCAAGGAGAAUUCCCAUUCCCGUGUAAAAGACUUUGACUCUCCUGUACGUCGGGAAAACCCCUUGCGCCCUGUCUACCGCAAUUUACCCCGCUCCCAGUCCACAGCCCCCCAGAUUGAAAGGCAGUCAUCAUCCAGUCCCACCUACUCAGAUGAGGAUGACUCCCCCUUCAUGUCCCCGGAGAAACCCAGUGGGGGCACCACUGUCACUCACUCCAGCCUGUCUGAGGAUAUAGACCCAGCCACAGCAGAGCUCUUCUCCAGGGGGAUGAAGAGGACCCAGUCACGUCUCGCCACCAUCCUGCCUGCCAUUUGGAAGGAGGAUGCAGAAUUGCAGGCAGAACGUAUGGCAGCUGCUAAGAAAUCCCCCAUGCAUCUGUUUCUGACGGAGAUAUCUAGUGUGAUGGAGUCUAAUGAGUCCAAGUGUGAGGCAGGGAAUGCCACGUGGGAGGAGAAGGUGGAGGAGAAAAGAGAUGGAGAGAGAUGGGGGAAUUUCCUCUUACCCAACAGAGGGAUGCGCCGGUCACAGUCACUGGUCACAGAGCUGGGCUCAGCAGGACAGUCGUGGGGGGCAGAAAAUAAUAGCAACAGGAUCGGAGCAGAGGGAGACAAUACAGUAACCAAAGGCUCAUUCCAGAGGGAUCUUUUUCUCACAGAGAUUGAUACAGGAGGCAUGGACACAGAUCCAGAGGGACAACAAGAGAAAGACUCAGUAAAAUACCUCCAUCCAGCAGGAUCAAGAUUGCGGCCCUACGUCUACGUCCCUGGCUUUUCUUCAUACACUGAGGCUGAGGAGGCCUACUCAAAGGGCAUACGGAGGUCUCGGUCCCUCCUCUCUGAGAUCACUAUCGGGAGACAGGAAUCUGAAGGGCAGGAGAUUGAGAGGGAGCCUCGAAGAACAGAGAUGACCAGAGAGGAGUUCCUGAAGGAGAUUCAAUCAGCCGAGACCUUUCUGACAGAAAUCAUAUCUAGACAAAAAGCUGCAGCUGCCAAGAAGGGAGGGGAGUCGUCAUAUUCCCCCACUCCUAUGUCACCCGAAUAUGAAUCCAUAUGCAUAGACCCAAACUCCACUCAGACCAUCAGAUUUCAGUCAGAGAGCUCCAUACGAGCAUUAAACAAAGGCAAAGAUGACACGCAAACUGAGGCCAUCUAUGCCCAAGUGACCAAACGUGCUAAAAAGAGUGAGAUAAAGGUUACCGUGAGACCUGAGAUCCCAAUACUUCAUAUAGGAACAAAUAAACAACCCAUUAAACAGGAUGGCGAAGGAAUCGGUGAUUCACAAACAGCGCUCGACUCUGCUGACAGUAAGUCCUACUCAGCUGGUGAGUUUGUGUUUUCAGAGAUCAUGCCCAAGAAUGGCCUAUUACUCAACCAAACACUCGCAUGUCAGAAAGAAGAAGACGGUUCAGAUGGCCCUGCCUUACCUGCCAGAGGAGAUCAGAGGGAAGAGGAGCUCUCAGCACAGUCUCCUGUUGAGUCCACUGAGAGCACCGAGGAAUCUAACACUGUGCUUCUGCGUGAGAACAAAUCACUUAUUACAAAUGAGAUGGAGACUCAAAGGGCUGCUGUUAUAGGGAAUGGGGAGAUGAUGAAAGAUGACCCGCUGGCCAGCCGUACCAGCAGAGGAGAUCAAGCAUGUGCAAAGACUGAUGCAAGUUCAUAUGAUUCUGAGAAAGAGCGAUCUCAGUCAGACCAAGAUCCUACAAUUGAAUCUAAAAGCCACACAGGUGGUGAUUUGGAGAGUUUUUGUACUCAAAAUAUUGUUGAAGGCUUUGAGGAAACCAAACGAGAAAAAACACAGCAACACAAUGAUGGAGUUGAAGUAAAGCGAAGUCAUGUUGCCCAAAAGGCAGCAACUCCAACCACUCCAGACUGGGAUCCAUCCUCUGAUAUCUCUCUUGUCACCCCCACUGACUCUGUCCUGUCACCUAUGACUUCCAGCUCAGCGGACUGCCUCACACCUAGUGACUCAUGGAUGGGAGGAGGAGGGGGAAGUGGUGGGUGGAGGGCUUUGGGAAAUGAAACACCCCAUCGAGACUCUGCCUAUUUCUCAGACAGUGACUGGGAGGGGGACGGGUUGAACAGGAGGAGCAGUGACGGACUUAGUGCCUCCAGGCCUGGCAGUGGGCGGGGGGGCGAUAGGGGAACACUAACAGGAAUAGAGGAAAAGAUUGAAGUUGAGGAAGAGGGUGAAAUAGGAGAAAAGAGCCCCUUAAAAGAGAAUAUCAUCAUUUCAGAAAGCAAAACUGAAAUGGGGGAGACUAUUGAGAUAUCUGAGGAAAAGGGGGUUGAGAAUAAUGUCUCUCACAUUGGUAAUGAUGACAGUGGUAGCCUAAACAAAGGGCUUGAGCCUGCACAAAGGGAUGAUUCUGGCAUAUUCCACAAUGAGUGCAGUGAGAUAGGUGUAAAGAGUCUAGUAAAUUCAACACUGCUAUCUGAUGGUUCCCCAGCCAAGGACAAAGUUGACUUAAUUGAUAAAUUUUUCUCAAAUUUAGAGGAUGAACCGUUGAAAGGGCUCCCACGCAGUGAUGGGUAUCAGAUAGACAACCAUUACACGGACUGCAUCAUCUCUCAUGUGCAGAUAACAGAUUGCAAAUUCCAGGAUUCUGCGGAGAAUGACUUGAGUCUGCACUCCAAUAACAUUGUGGAAACAAAUAGAUUAAUCAAAUCGCUGUCUGGCAGUCAGUCAAAGGACUGCAUAUUAAGACUAAAUAACAAAGAAUACACAAGUGUUGCACAGGCAGACAAUGAUGUCUGUGCAUUUAAUGCCCCCUACUCUGGAAAUGACACUGUGGAGCCCGUGGCACCAUCCCAGUUUGACAAUAGAGAGUCCAGGUUAUCUAAAGUAUAUGGGGUUCAAACCAGUGACACCAUACUCAGCGAUGAUACUCAAUUAGUACCGCAGCCCAGUGAUGGGAAGUAUAUAGAUGAUAAAAUGAGCAGUCUGUCGUAUCUCGCCUGGCCAGAGGAGGAUGCUAAUGGGCGUGAAGGGAGCCCUGGACAUGAGCUCCAGCACAUCGACCAUAAUGAACUGGGUCUGAGAAACUUGUGCUACUCAGAAGACAGUGAAGACAAGAAUGUCAUGGCCACGUUAGAGACAGAGAAACAACUGGCUGCUGGCGAGCUAAGCAAUGCCAUGAAGGAGAAAUCACCCCGGAGAGAUACUGCAAAUAUUGGCCAGAGUGGGGUGGAUUCUGCUUACAGUGUAAAUAAAGAAUCCUCUGAUGGCCUUGAUCUUAAAACUAAAGAGGUGUGGAGUGCUCUGAAAGAGGAGGAGGACGGAACAAGUGGAGUGGUCCGGGGAGAAUUCGACUGCCACCGUUUUACACAAAGGGACUUGCACUUGUGGCCCGCUGAAAAUGACCAGUGGGCCUCGCCAGAAAACAGGGGUCAAGAUGCUGAACUAAGAUCUGAAUUCUUCUCUGGGUUCAGUCAUAAGGCCUGGGAGGUGGGAGAGUGGCUUGUAGUGGGUCGGGAGCUCUGGGAAAACGAAGGCAAUGAUGAACUUGCAGGAAGUGAACCUCAUCCUGCUGUCGUGCAGCGCUGCGAGGAACUCUGUAAUGAUGAAACCCAGGGACAAGCUGGCCAUCUUGGUCUCAAGGCAAAGUGGGAUUCUGAAGUAACUGAUAACCAACAAGCGGUCCGUGCUCUGGAGAUACAGCAAGAGGAAAAUAUUGAGAACCUAGAGGACUUUGAUGAUUAUAAUGGAGAUCUGAAAGCUAGAAUAGCAGAUAAUGAAGUAGAGAACAUAGAAAUCCCAGAGCAAGAGACCUUGGUCCAAGGAAAGAAACAGAUUACGUCAUGCACAGAGACAGCCAGCAACAGUGAAGGUGAACUAGACUUUGCAGAGGAGGAAGAGAAUCAAAACUUUAACAGAUGGCCUCCGAAUCACCUCUACAACACCCAAAAAGAACAGCCAUCAACAGAAGUUGCAAAUGAGGUUUGCACAGAAACAGGUUCUAAUUUAGGGAACUCUUUCACCCACACAUUAGAUAAUAUUAGCUCAAAUGUUUCUGUUUGCAUCCCUGAAACUUCUCAUGUGAACUUUUCAGGCCUGGAGAAUAUUGAACCAAUCAUGGACUCAGAGACUGAAAUAAGUCCACACCUUGCAAGGCAGGACAUAGAACAGAGAUUAAGCAUUGUGAAUGCAGAGGAAGAUUACAGAGAUGUAUCGCCUCCGUCCAAUCCGCUGGCUUGUCCUAGUGACAUUGGUUCAACAAUGCAGGAGGAGAUGGAUCAGUCUUAUCCGCAGGUAGACAAUUUCAGCUCAGUAGAUUUUCCCAGUCCUCCACCAAGCAUAGACCUCGAUGUGCAAGAUGAUAAACUGGAGAGUUUAGAUGACUCCUUUCCUAGUCCACCACCAUCUGUCAUAGAAACAGAGGAGUUUAUUAGCCACAUGAAUCUAGAAGACUUUAUUGCCAGCGCUGAGACACAGAGUUUUAUUUCCCAUACUCACAACACAGAUUCCUCGGAGCCACCUCUGCCAGAGUCGCCACUUGCUACUACUCAGAGCAAAGGGAUCUCGGCCAACUUGAACAUCUCGCCUGUGCAUAUAACAUUAGAAAAUGAGAGCAACUUCACAACCAACCUAGGGAAUCAGGAUGACCAAAAUAACUUGUUCCAGAAAACUCCAGCUGCCACCCCGUCUCCACCUCAGCAUGCCCUCAACACCCUCCCAGAGUUACUCAUCUCAGAAUGGAAGGAUUUGGACGAGGAGCCCCUGGAGGACUUUGAAAAACUGGAAAAACUGUGCUGCAUUUCUGGGGAUGAGGAGGACACACUGGGGGACCUUUUCUUGGGGAAUCUGGAGCUCUUGGAGUCUUUGAAGAAGACACCUGACCAGAAGCCUGGCAGUGCUGGUGAUGGUGAUAAAGUUGAGGAGACCUGUUGCUCCUCCAUUCCUGAGACAGAUCUAAAGGAGGAUCUUGAUGGGAUUGCUGAUAAUGCUGAGAAGGUUUCUGAGUCGGCAUCAUGUGUGAUCCAGGAUUCUCAAAACAAACUGUCACCUUCAGAGGAGAAGUGUGACAUACAGAGCCCACUAUGCUUUUCAUCAUGCCAUACAUCUGAUGUCAAGGACCAAGGAUCUCUCUCGAAGAUGCCCACAAAGAAUGGCCUCAUGAUGCAGGUGUGUGAGGAAAGGUUACAGUUCUCCCUCAGUGAAAAUGUUCAAACAAAUGUGCUUUGGGGAGCGACUGUCAAAGACACUGUUACCCUGCGGCCCUGGGGGGAGCAAAUCAUAGAGAGCGUUGGUGCACCCAGCAGCGAGAAAGAAAAAAAUGAAGACGAAAGCCAAGAGAAACAGGAGAUUGUCCCCAGCCCUUGGCCCAACAGUGAGCCUGAUGAAAAGACAGCUGAACCACUCACUGUGAUCGAGCAACCUGAGGUCGCAUCCCCUCAGCCUGUUGGAAACCAGGCAAUGAAAGCCAAACUAGCUCGCCUGUCUCUUGCACUCCCUCCCCUUGCUCUUACUCUUCCACUCACCCCCACCGGUAAAGGAGGAUUUGGGGAGGGUGGAAUCGGAAGUCGUAUCGGAAGACGGAGAGGUUUGUCAUCGGGGAGCGACCUUGAUGAUGAGGACGAAGAAGAGCAGGAGGAUGAAAGCUCCCGAAGGGUGAUUGUUGUCACAGAGACAGAUGUUGACAAACGCGUUGGCCUCAGGAGUCUGCUGAAGUCACCCAAGGAGCCAAUGGACAGAGAGAAAGAUAGAGGAAGAAACGUGUCCUUUUUUGAUGAUGUCACAGUCUAUCUCUUUGAUCAGGAAACUCCAACCAAUGAGCUGAGCACUUCAGCGCCCACCAGUCCAGCUCCAGUCUCUAGCAAAAGCACCAAGUUCGACUUACAUGGGGCAAACCACAAAGGCAAAGACUCGAAAAGGAAAGAGGAUUUGUCAAUCAAACAGAGGUCGCCUGUAGGAGCCAAUCCAGUGACAUCAUCUCGCUUUACCGUCAGCCCCGCGGACGACCCCCACUUGGUGUGAUGUUAGGAGUCACCAUGGGAACCUUUAGAGCUGAACCCUCUGAGACUGGCCAGUGAAGUAACCCCAACAACCAGCCCUUCUCUCAGAGGCUAUUUUUUUAUCGAAUAGGCAACGGAAAGAAAAAAGACUCCCGUUCUAAAAGCUGGACACAUUCCAGGUUUUACCAGCUGCAGGAUUUUGUAUGACAAGGGUUGUGGAGCUCCUCCCUGCCACUGUUUACGGAGUUUAUUCAUAGCCUUUGGCGACAAAAAAAAAAGUCUUUGGAAAAGGCAGCGUAUGCUAGGAGAAGAGGAGCCUGAAGCUUUGUAAAAUCUGAAACAGAUUUGACGGCUAUGCAAUGGGAGUCUUACUGUGUACCAGCUUACCCUCUCUUUUUCUGCUUUGUUCUGUUGUAUUUUUCCCCAGAUGUGCGGGGGGAUGCACUUUCUUUAGUCAUUUAUCUGUCUAUGUAAACGCUCCGAUUCCAAUCCUCUCUUUAUUAAAAAAAGAAAGAAAGAAAAGAAACGUUUUUCAUUGCAGUCUGUCAGUUAUUCUUGUAGACAACAGUCGGGGACAGAAAAUGCUUGACUCCUGUAUUUGAGAAUAUCCACCAACAUUUGUACAAAUAUCAUAAUACAAGUGUAUACAAUAUCAUUUUAGAGCUGUUUAAUUUUAGAUGUAUUCUUAGACUGCACGAAAAAAUGAAACAAGCUAUGUUUCUUUAUACUUUUACUUCGGAAAAGCUAUGUUUAUUAUUUGAUUGCUAUUUAUUUAUUUAUGUAUUUAUUAAUUUGAUUCUUUAUUUAUGUAAAGCCAAUUUCCAUGCAAUAUAUUGUUUAAUGGUUUGUUUGUUUAUUUAUUUAUUUAUUUAUUUAUUUACUUGUUUGCUUUGAUGCAAUUUAUUUAUUCACUGAACUCGCAUUAGUUUGGGACAAAAAUGCAUCUAAGUUAUAACCUUCUCGAGUUCUUCAUAACAAAUAAAUCAAAAUAUUUUCCCAAACGUCUUAAUUGCUAAAAAAGUAUUUUGUAUAAUUUCACUUGUUAAUAUAUGCCGAUCUGUAUGGAACUAUGUCCUGUAAUGUUUCAUUAUUUUCUAAUGUCAAUGAAUUUUUAGCUGUCUUGUCAUUCUUUUACUUUGUUUAAUGACAGUUAAUGUAGCCUAGCAUGAAAAAUGGAAGCCUCUCAUCAGUAAAUAACUCCAUUUGUUUGUGUAUCUGUUAAUUUAUCUCAUUUUCUACUAAUAACAGUCCAUCAUGCAGUCGAGGUCCAGCUAGUCCCUUUGUUUAGUCUAUUUAAAUGUUGGUUUAAAACCUGUAUUGUUUAAAGAAUGGUUUUCAAGGGAAACUGUAUAAACGAGGGGAAAUAAAAACAACAUAAAAAUGUGAA